UCCCUCCCUCACUCUCUCUCUCACGUCUUGGUUCGUUCGUGUGUGCUUCUGGUUAUGCUCUGUCUUGUGAGCUGCUGAAUUCGCUCAUUUGUUCCUGGAUUUCGAUUCUUAUGUUUUCCAUUUCGGUUCCUUCUUCCAGAUCGCUUCUUACGUUUCUCUGGAUCUAUGCUUCUGCUAGCUGCUAGCUGAAUUCAUCUGUUGCUGAGUCGAGGUUACUCUCAGUGCCGAGCAGAGCUGCCGGCGGUUGUCCUCGAAAUCGACGACGAGAUCUUGCUCGAAAACCGCUUGCUUGAGUAAGUGAGGUCAGCUCCCACUCCAGCCCAGCUGCGAAACCAAAUUAAGAAUUAAAAGCAAAAGGCGAGAUCCAUGGCGGCAAUUGUGGUGAGUGCAUACAAGGGGGUGAUUGACUCUGUUCUUUCUAAGCUCAAAGAGCUGAUGACAGGGGACAAGUGCACCAACGUCAUAGGCAUGUCCAGCAUGGAUAUUCUGUUUCUCAAGGAUGAGCUACCCGCCAUGAACGCUCUCCUCGAGAAGCUGGAGGAUGCUGAUGAACUUGAUCCGCAGGUGAAAAAUUGGAGGAACCAAGUGAGGGAGAUGACCUACGAUAUUGAAGAUUGUAUCGAUGAUUUCAGUAACAACGUGGCAAGUGUCGACGCCAAGGCUGGCUUCCUCGACAAGGCUUCUCAUUUUCUCAAGACUUGCAGGGCCCAUCUUGAGGCUGCCUGGCAAAUCAAAGAGCUCAAGACUCGUCUACUGGAGAUAAAUGAACGGUGCAAAAGGUACAAAGUUGAAGAUUACAUCUCUAGUACUAGCUCGGUGAUAGUCGAUCCUCGCAUAUCGGCAUUCUACAAGGAGGCAGCCAGCCUUGUUGGCAUUGAUAACCCAAAGAGAGACCUUACCAAAUUGGUAAUGGAUGAAGAGAAGCAAUUAAAGGUCCUGUCAAUCGUAGGUUUUGGAGGUUUAGGCAAGACCACUCUUGCUAGCCAGGUGUAUCGUGAAGUUGGAGGACAAUUCAAUUGCAAGGCAUUUGUGUCUGUUUCUCAAAAACCAGACAUGGUAAGGUUACUCACAAGUGUGCUAUUACAACUCAAGCAACACCCACCCUCUCAUGCUUGCGUGGUGCAAGACCUCAUCAACAACCUCAGAGAAUAUCUACAAGAUAAGAGGUACUUUAUUGUAGUUGAUGAUUUGUGGGAUGUUCCAGCAUGGAAUAUUAUUGCAUGUGCUUUUCCACAAAAUGAUCAACAUAGCCGAGUUAUAAUAACUACAAGACAUGAGGAUGUGGCUAGGGCAUGUUCCAGCAACCAUAAGUGCAUUCAUAAUAUGAAGCCACUAAGUGAUCAAGACUCAAGAAAAUUAUUCUUUAAUAGAAUAUUUGGAUCUGAAGAUGAUUGCCCUUCUUACUUGACAGAAGUUUCAUGCCAAAUUUUAAAGAAGUGUGGUGGUCUACCGCUUGCAAUUGUUACUGCAGCCAGUGUUUUAGCUUGCCAACCCACAAGACUGAAGGAGCAGUGGGAGCAUGUACAAAGUUCACUAGCUACUAAUAAGUUUGCCAGAAAGUCUACCUUGGAAGACAUGAUGCAUAUCUUAGACCUCAGCUACAAGAGUCUCCCUCACCAUUUAAAGGCAUGCUUUCUUUAUCUUGGUGCUUAUCCAGAGGAUUGUGUGAUUAGCAAAGUUGAGCUAGUUAAACGGUGGGUGGCAGAAGGUUUUGUGAGUACCUAUCCUGGGCAAGAUGCAUGGGUUGUUGCCGAGAGCUAUUUCAGUGAGCUGGUUAAUAGGAGCAUGAUUCAACUUCCGUAUAAGGACUACUACAAUGAGGUGUCUCAUUGCAGAGUUCAUGACCUGAUGCUGGAUAUGAUUUUAAGGAGGUGCAAGGAAGAUAAUUUUAUCAGUGUGAUACAUGAUCCACAAGCGGCGAGACAAGUGCAAGACAAGAUUCGUCGGCUGACCAUUGACUUGAAUGGUGCAGAGGAUGACAAAAUUGCUAUGACCAUUACUAGGCAAGUGUCACAAGUUCGUUCUCUUGCCGUAUUUGGAGGAUCAAAGUGGAUACCUCCUUUGUUGGAGUUUAAGUUUCUGCGGGUGUUAUUCCUUGAAUUCUUUUUGCGUGAGAUGAUAAUCGACCUCACUGGUAUCAACCAACUGUCACAGCUGAGAUAUUUAAAGGUUGAGUGCAAGGAAUGUCUAAUGGAUGGAGAUAUACCAUCACAGCUCUCCAUAGUGUUGCCUGGUCAGAUCCGGAGGCUGCGACAUUUGGAGACUUUGGAAUUACCUUGGGUAUCAGAUUGCAGCAUUCCAGCAAUAUCAGACAUUGUUGAUUUGCCGUGCUUGUCCCAUCUGGUGUUGCGACAGCAUACGGGGGGUUUGCCGGACGGGAUUGGGAAGGUGAAAUCGCUGCGCACUUUGCAUGGCUUUAAUCUGCCGGUGAGCUCGUUAGAAAAUAUUAAUGGCCUCGGUGAGCUCACCAAUCUUGGAGAUUUGUCCCUCCAUUGUGGCACAGGAUACUCGGAAUCUACUUCCACUACACCGGGAUGGAUGACCGCUCUGAGUUGCUCCCUUGAGAAACUCGGUAGCCUCAAAGGGCUUUCUGUGAGGUCUAGCAGUCCCUUUCAUAGCUGCUGCGCUGAUGCCCUGAGCAACUGGCCUUCGCCUCCUUUCCUCAACCUUGGGCAACUUGAUUUAUUAGAUUGGACCUUCUCUAGAAUUCCCAGGUGGAUCGGGCAUCUCCAUUGCCUCCGCGAGCUGGCACUUGGGGCGAAGCAGAUACUCCAGGAAGAUGUUGACAUGAUCGGGACAAGGCUGCCCUCCAUCGUCCAUCUCAGCCUUCGGAUCGUCCCAGGCAUCCCGGCGAAGGGAAGGAAGAUUGUGAUAGCAGGCUCCACGGGAUUUGCGGCUCUCCGGUUCUUCUGUUUCGACUCUAGUGAGAUGUCGUGCCUGACAUUUGGGGUAGGCGGCAUGCCCCAGCUCCGGCGGUUGCUGUUAGGACUCGAUCCACGGGAAUGGGACAAGGCCACACCUGUCGGGCUUCACCACCUCUCGCGCCUCGAAGAAGUCCGAGUAUUGACGGCAUCACCGGCUGCUGCAGGAUCUGAAUCCAUGGAAGGCAAGUCUGCGCUGAUCAAGGGCGCGUUCCAGGACGCUCUCCCGAGUCGCCCAGCAUUUGUCUUGCUCCCAAGGAUUCGUUCUCUCGCGGACCACGUAAAUUGUUGUAAGAUUAAUAUGGAAACACUUGUCUAUAAGUAGGAGUUUUAGUCCAAUGUCACUAGCUACAGAUGUACAUGGACGAUGCAUGGCUGCAGCGAUGGACAGUGCCAGUCUGCCAACCCCCAUCAGUGGUGCAAUUCAGCAAUUGUCUACUGCU